UGGAAAACAGGGUGUGUGCUUAAUGAAGUGUAGCAUAAACAUAAUAUAUAAACGCUGCGUUCAAUUUACGAUCUGUUAUAGCUGAAAUCUACAGUUAAACCGCCAAACGUCUCAAAAUGAUUAAAGCUGUGGUUCUCCUUGUUUUAGUACUGGCAGCAGUUGCCUAUGGCUCCUACGUUGACGUUAUUCCCCAUUACAGUAAACAUGGACAUGGACAUGGAAUUAGUACCAGAUACUUCAGAAAAGCCCAAGGACAUGGAUAUGGAGGUUAUGGGCUAGACUACGGCAGUUAUGGAGGCGGUUAUGGAGGCUACGGACUGGGAGGUUACGGCGGCUAUGGUAGUGGAUAUGGAGGCAGUCUUGGAUAUGGUGGAUACGGCGGCUAUGGCAGUGGAUAUGGAGGCAGUCUUGGAUAUGGUGGAUAUUUAUAGAGUCAAAAAUGUUUUUAAAGAAAAAGAUGUGGUCAACGAGUAGAAGUUUUGAAAGAUGGUGAAAUUGAUGAAAAUUAUCUGUAAAAUAAAUUCAAAUAAAUUAAAAUUUACGCACCACUGAUA